AAAAGUGGAGUGAAGAAGAUGUAUAUGGCCAGCAGGCUGUAAGCAGCCACCGUGUCCUGAAUUUGUCGGCACCUAUUCAAAUAUUCAUGCAAUACAACACUUGAGAAACACGAGGUUGACGGAGGAAAAUGAUGCAAGAAAGAAUUAAACAGAUGAAAGUUCUAGAGCGAGAAAGUCAAAACUCAAAAGGGGGUGGCAUGCAUUUUUCUCUUUCCAUUUAUCAUUUACCACAUGCAUCUGUCGAGAGGUAGCCGCAAUCACCUUCAUAGACUAAUUAAAGUAGAGUUUGCCCUUCUUGAGCCUUUCAAUUGCUCGGAGAAAGUCCUAGGCAAUUUGCCUCUCUCUGAAUGCCUGUAUUUAACGUGUUUUGACUUUCUAAAUUUUGAACAUCUCCCAUUAUUCAACGCCUCACGUAUAUAACCCAAACCCAAUACCAUCUCCUCUUUCCAAAUCAAACCAAUUCACACAACUCCUCAAAACCUACUUUCAAACCAAAUUUCUCUAAAGCCUUCAAUUCUUGGCUAGCUACUUUCAUCUACUUGUCUACGUACUAACAUCUACUUUUGUUUCUCAUCUAGGAUUUCCUCCAAAACCACUUUCUUCAUCUUCUUGAACUUAAUUUAGUGGUUCUUAGUGUUAUAUAUUUUUAGAUCUUCUUGUUUUAUUUUGUGUAAAAUGGAAGAUAUUGAAGUCCCUUCAUUUUUUCUCUGCCCUAUAUCUCUCCAAAUCAUGAAAGACCCGGUUAUAGUCCCAACUGGGAUAACUUAUGAUCGUGAGAGCAUUGAGAAAUGGAUGUUUUCAAGCAAGAAUGAUACCUGUCCAGUUACAAAACAACUGAUAUCAGGUUGUGAGGUGACACCAAACCAUACUCUUAGGAGGUUGAUUCAAUCUUGGUGCACCCUCAAUGCUUCAUAUGGUGUUGAAAGAAUCCCAACUCCAAGGCCUCCAAUUAGCAAAGCACAGGUUGCCAAGCUUCUCAAUGAUGCUAAAUCGCCGGAGCAACAGGUUACUUGUCUAAGGAAGCUACGUUCCUUCGCUAACGAGAAUGAAACAAACAAAAGAUGCAUGGAGGCUGCAGGUGCUGUAGAGUUCUUGGUCUCAAUGCUAAAUAACUUCCAUUCUUUAUCAUUUGAAGUAACUUCAGAUGAUGGGUUUGAGAUCUCAAGACCAAGUGAUGAGGCCUUGAGUAUUCUCUACGGUCUACAAAUAUCAGAAUCUGGCCUAAAGAAUCUUGUUAUGGGAAGAAAUGGUGAAUUCAUUGAGACCUUAACGAAAGUUAUGCAAGGUGGAAACUAUGAAUCUCGAGCUUAUGCGGUCUUCUUGUUGAAAUCGAUGCUUGAAGUAGCUGAUACACUGAAACUCAUCAGUUUGAAACAUGAACUCUUCGACGAAAUAGUCCAAGUUUUACGUGAUCAAAUAUCUCACCAAGCAUCAAAAGCUACAUUGCAACUGCUAAUCAGUCUUUGUCCAUGGGGAAGAAACAGAAUCAAAGCCAUUGAAGCUAAGGCAGUCCCGGUUCUGAUUGAUCUUCUACUUGAUUCACCAGAGAGAAGAACCUGCGAGAUGGUGCUAAUGGUGCUGGACUUGCUAUGCCAGUGUGCAGAAGGAAGAGCUGAAUUGUUAGGGCACGGUGCAGGCCUAGCUAUUGUUUCAAAGAAGAUACUUAGGGUUUCUCAGAUGGCAAGCGAGAGGGCAGUGAGGAUCAUCUUGUCAAUCUCAAAGUACUCAAUAACUACUAGUGUUCUUCAAGAGAUGUUGCAGAUUGGCAUCGUGGCCAAGCUAUGUCUGGUGCUUCAAGUGGAUUGCGGAAGCAAGAUCAAAGACAAGGCAAGAGAGGUGCUUAAAAUGCAAGCUAGAGUUUGGAAGAGUUCUCCUUGCAUACCAGCAAAUCUACUCUCUUCAUAUCCAGAAUGAGAGGAGGACGCGGAUUAAAGUUGUAGACACGUAUGAUCGAUGUUUCUCUUACUAUAUAUUGUGAAGGCAACAAAAUUAUAACCAGUCUGAUUUCACAGGCUAAAGGCCGGCUUCCUUGUGAAUUAUAAUA